AUGCCGUCCAUUUUAUAUUCAACAACAUGUUUUAUCAAAGCCGAUCUCUACCGUUUACGUAUCUAUGUUGAUAAUCAGAGCACUCUUGAAGAAAGUGUACCGUCUGCAACUGGUUCACUUGACUUCACCGCGACAGACAUUCCAAUUGCGUGUAUAAAACCUUCGUUCACUCGAUUGCAUCUUCAAUCGUUAGAAGACAAGAGAACGAUUCGAAACAUUCCUGAAACGAUUACUCUCAAUCAUUUAUUAAACAUUAAACAAACGACAUCAUCACCGAGGAAAAUUCAUAAAAGCUUCUCUCAAAGUCUCCAAGCAACCACGUCUAUCAAUGCAUCGUCGGAAAGAACGACGCCAUCGCUCGAACAGUCUCAAGAUUCAACUCGCGUGACAUUAUCUUCAAAUAAUUCCGAAAUGAAAUUCAAACGUGGACAAUUCAGUUUUCGACGUCUUUUUCCUUCAUUAUCCACUCAAGACAGUGAAGCUGUUCUAUUAUUCAAAACAACAAUUAAAAUCGACUAUGUCGAUGUUUCCAAUUCAAUUAGAUGGAAUACGAAAACGUUAGAAUUAGAAUUAGAAACUGAAGAGCUUGCCAAUGAAUUGUACGCCAAUUUGAAUCUUUGUUUAUCAACAUUAACACAACGACCACGUCGGUUGUUAGCCUUUGUUAAUCCAUUAUCCGGCAAAGGUCAUGCCCGUGUUGUCUACGAUAAGAAAGUCCUCCCGAUUUUUCAACAAGCAAAUAUAGCUGUUCAAACAAUCUACACCGAUCGUGCAAAUCAUGCUCAAGAUCAUAUUAUUAAUGAGCCACUUGACGAAUACGAUGGUCUGAUAUGUGCCGGCGGUGAUGGCAUGUUUGCUGAACUAUGUCAUGGAUUGUUGUUACGCACGGCGCGUGAUAGAGAAAUCAAUAUUGAUGAUCCACAAGUGGAUAUUAUUCGACCGAAUUUACGAAUCGGAAUUAUACCAGCUGGUUCCACUGAUGCGGUCGUGUUCGGAACGACAGGUUUGAAUGAUCCGGUGACAAGUGCAUUGCAAAUCAUUGCAGGAGAAUCGUUACCGAUCGAUAUAACAACGGUUCAUAAUGAAAGUGGUUUUGUUCGUUUCAUGGCGACAAUGCUCGCAUACGGGUUUUUUGGUGAUAUCAUACAUCAGUCAGAUAGGUGGCGUUGUCUCGGUCCAUUACGAUACGAUCUCGCUGGAUUUUGUCAGUUUGUUCGUAAUACAUCCUAUCACAGUGAAUUAACAAUAACAUUGUCACCGCACGACUCAGCUCGAAUCGGUCAUCCGCAAGCAGCGACAUCAUUGAGUAGCGUCGGAGGAACAUCAUCUGUUGCACCAGAUUAUCAACGAUUGAUCAAUUCGAGUAGUCUAUCAUUAAUCGAUGAAUGUUCGAAAAAUAAAUCAAUGGAUACGAUUAGUAAAAUUGUUACACCUAAUGUAACAUUUUGUAGUCGUAAUUGUGUACUCUGCGCCGAAGAAAAAGCUGAUCCCGGCAAAGUCCAUUCAUCUUUACAAAUCAAACGUGAAGGAAGAUACACAACUGUGAACUGUCUUAACAUGCCAUGCCGUUGUGCCAAAAGUAAAUAUGGCAUGUCGCCAUUCGUUCAUUUAGGUGAUGGAACAUUUGAUUUGAUUUUGGUUAAACGUUCGUGGCGCACCGGUUUUCUUCGCUUUCUUUGGCAAGUUGCAAAUGAUAGUCGAACAAUCGAAGACUUACCGAAUGUUGAAAAAUAUCGUGUCAGUGAAGUUCUCAUACGUCCAAUAAAUACAGGUCGAAAACGUGGAGGCAAUUGGUCUUGUGAUGGCGAAUUAAUCAAUGGAAACGAAAUUCAAGUUCGUGUCCAUCGGCAAGCACUGAAUCUGUUUGCAUCAGGUAUUCAAUUUGCUGAGCAUCAAAAAGCGGAAAAUCUCAAAAAGCCAGCUAACAUCUGGUUUCCAUGUUUUCGAACGAAGAAAAACAUCAAGUACGAAGAAUCAAAUUCUUUUUGA